AUGCGUUAUCUGGACUUGAGCUGGAAUCAUUUUGGAGGGAUUCGCAUUCCUAGCUUUAUUGGCUCUAUUGGAAGUUUGAGGUAUCUCAACCUAUCUCAUGCCGAAUUCAGCGGGGCCAUUCCUCAUCAACUAGGAAAUCUCACCAUGAUACGUUAUCUGUACUUGAACUGGAAUCAACUUUUUCAAGGUAUUUUUCCUGAAACUGAAACUGAACUACGGUUACAUGGCGAUAAUUUACACUGGGUUUCAGGUCUUCGUUCAUUACAAUACCUUGACAUGUCAUGGGCAAACCUUAGCAAAGCAGUGGAUUGGCUAGAGGUGACAAGCACGCUUCCUUCUUUGGUAGAAUUACACUUACGUGGUUGUGAUCUCAAAUAUUCUUCUCCUUCAACUACCAUUAACUUUACAUCACUACAUAUCCUCGACCUUUCUGGUAACAAUUUUGCAUCGUUUAUACCUAAGUGGAUUUUUAGUUUGAAUCUAGUUUCCCUAGAUAUCAGUAGUUGUUAUGGCCCAAUUCCCAAUGGUAUUCAAAACAUGACUUCUCUCAAAAUGUUUUAUGCUGCUGGAAAUAAUCUGAAUUCAUCAUUGCCCAAGGGGUUGUUUAGCCUCAAAGACCUUCUUGUUCUGGACUUAGGUUACAAUAAGUUUCAGGGACCAAUUUCAAUUGGCCUUCUAAACAUGACUAGUCUUAGAGAUCUAGAUUUAUCCUAUAAUUUUUUCACUUCCUUGCCAAAUGGGUUGUUGUCUAGUCUUAGCCGUCUCGAGUUGGUCAUUCUCAAGGGCAAUCUCUUGCAUGGUGUAAACUCAGGAGCCAUAGGAAACGUGACUUCCCUCAUUAGCCUUGACUUGUCUAACAAUUUUUUCACUUCCUUGCGAAAUGGGUUGUUAUCUAGUCUUAGCCGUCUCGAGUCAGUCAUUCUUAGUGGCAAUCUCUUGCAUGGUGUAAACUCAGGAGCCAUAGGAAACGUGACUUCCCUAAUUAGCCUUGACUUGUCUAACAAUUUUUUCACUUCCUUGCCAAAUGGGUUGUUUAGGCUUAGUCGUCUCGAGUCGGUCAUUCUCGCCCACAAUCUGUUGCAAGGUGUAAUCUCAGGAGCCAUAGGAAACUUGACUUCCCUCAUUAGCCUUGACAUGUCAUACAAUCAACUUGAGGGAAACAUACCAAGAUCGUUGGGAAAAUUAUGCAAGUUGAAGACAAUUGAUUUAUCAUAUAACAAAUUGGGUGGAGACAUAACAGAACUUUUCAGAAGUUUCUCCCAUUGCAUUUUAUGUGGAUUGGAGUCAAUGUCAUUAGCGAACAAUUAUCUUGGUGGUCAAUUUUCAAAUGAGCUUGACCAAUUCAAAAAUCUAACCUACCUUUCUCUUAAAAACAACUCCAUUUUCUGGUCCCAUUCCAAUGUCGAUCGAAAGAUUAUCAUCCUUGGCAAGCUUUGA